UGCCGUCCGGUGCCGCAGGAGAAGGUCGCCCGCUCGCCCGCUCGCUCCGGGGGAUUCCCAGGAUCUCGCUCGGCCGCUCGCGCCGUCUCCCGAGCACUCGGGGACAUGUCGAGGUGGGCGGAGGCCCGGUGGGCCGGCGCCAGACGGCGGACGGCGGCCGCGGCGCACUCGCCCUCCUCGAGCUUUCCCCGGAGACGCCUCCCUUUACAAGCGCCCCGAGCCUGAAGGCGCUGCCACGGCGAGGAGGCACCGAUAAAGGAGCAGGACGCGCCGCUGCGGCGCCGGGAGGGAAUUCCGGGAACCCCCGGGAAUUGUUCCGGGAAUUCCCGGGAAUUCCGGGAGGAUGAAGCUGCUGGAGAACUCCAGCUUCGAGGCCAUCAACUCCCAGCUGACCGUGGAGACCGGCGACGCCCACAUCAUCGGCAGGCAGGGCGAGGGCCCACUGAGCGACACGUGCAGCCGCAAGACGCUGUUCUACCUGAUCGCCACCCUGAACGAGGCCUUCCGGCCCGACUACGACUUCAGCGCCGCCAAGAGCCACGAGUUCAGCCGCGAGCCCAGCCUCAACUGGGUGGUGAAUGCCGUGAACUGCAGCCUCUUCUCGGCCGUGCGCGAGGAUUUCAAGGCGCUGAAGCCGCUGCUGUGGGACGCGGUGGAUGAGGAGAUCUGCCUGGCCGAGUGUGACAUCUACAGCUACAACCCGGACCUGGACUCGGAUCCCUUCGGGGAGGACGGGAGCCUCUGGUCCUUCAAUUACUUCUUCUACAACAAGAGGCUCAAGAGGAUCGUCUUCUUCACCUGCCGCUCCAUCAGUGGUUACGCCUACACCCGCCCGGACACCGGGAACGAGCUGGACAUGGACCUGGGCGAGGGCGACGCCGAGAAGGGCGACAGCGGCGACCCCGAGGGCGAGGGCGGCGCCAUCGAGGAGGACAGGCCGCAGGUGAUGUGCAUGUGAGAUUCCCAGCGGGAUCCGAGACACCGGGAACGGAACCGGCAACGGGAACAGAACCAGCAAUGGGACUGGAAAUGGACUGGGAACC